AAUACAUUGGAUCAGAACCAACCCGACCCGUUAACAAUUUGCUCCGAAUCCAAUAUCUCCUUCUUCUUCUUCCAAAUCCCCUUUUAACAUUUAUUCAAUAUACUUUCUCCGAUCUCUGCAAUUGUGAAGAGCAAUUCAACCAAAAUUCUCAAGUAAGUAAUCUCUCUAAUCUCUUCUACAAGCAUAAUUGUUAGCUUCAACACUUUGUAUACAACAAAUUACCUUAAGAUCUGCUAAAAAUUACCUUAAAAAAUGUCUUGUUUAGCAUUAUCACUUCAACCCACAAAUGGACCCGACAUAUUGCUCCAAACCCGUGAAUGGUUUCCCCCAUCUCGCGCUUUAAUGGCACUUUCAGCUUUCCGCCAAACACGCCUUACAUUUUCUAAACAAGCUAAUGGACCCAAUUCCGAUGCAUUAUUAUCGUCUUCAUCUUCGGAUCCAUCGGUGUCACUUGGUGAUGACCCACUUGCUGCUUCAUCGGGUCAAGUAAUUGUGGGUGUUGAAUCGAAGUAUAGGGUUGUUUAUAGGCUUGUGAAUUCGAUUUACGUGCUUGCGAUAACGACGGUUGAUGAUGGGGGUGAUAAGGAGAGGCUGGUUAAUAAUGUGUUUGAGUGUAUUAGUAUUGUGAAUCAAGCGGUUUCCGUUGUGGUUACGGCGUGUAGGGGAGUGGAUGUGACACCAGAGAAGUUAGGGAAGAAGUACGCGGAGAUAUAUAUGGCGUUGGAUAUUGUGUUGAGGGGGGUGAGUAAUAUUAGGUUAGCGUCUAUGUUGGCGUCCAUGCAUGGGGAGAGUAUAGCGAAAAUGGUGCAUUCGUCUGUGAAUACGGAGAGUAAGAUUAGGGGAGGGGAUAGUUGGGGGAAUGUGGAGGUGCAUUCGUUGGAACAGGAAGGGGGGGUGGAGACGUUUGAGAAGACGGUGUUUGAGUUGCCUCAGGAGACGUUGGAUGCAGGUGAUGAAGUGGCGGCUAGUUUGGCGAUUAGUGGUGGGGGAGAGAAGGAGGAGGAGAAGAUUGAGGAGAUUGAGGUUGAGAAGGAUCCAUUUGCUGCUAGUGAUAAGAUUAAUCAGCCGGAGUCGUUGGUGGGUGAUUUUAAGAAAGAUAAGGGUAAUGAGAGUUCAGAUGUUGCUAAGGCAUUGGCGGGGCUUGACGUGACUACUUUGCCACCUGCUGCGGCUAGUCAGUCGACACACAUUGGUGUGGAAGGGUUUGAAGGGGAUUACGGUGGGAUAGAGUUUAGUAAUGAAGGAUCAACAUUGCCGGAAGAUUUUGAAGGCAUUAAUGAUGCUUGGGGUGGUGGAUUGGAUGCUUCUGAGUAUGUAGGUACGAAAAAGGUGAAGAAAGAUCAGGGACUUGGUGGACUUGAAUUACUGGCGACUAGUGAACCACCAAAAGCUGCAGCUGGAGCCACUGCUGAAGGUGGUGCUGGGAAGAAUCUUGAGGAUAUGUUGGUGAAGAAAAUGAAUGGUCCGGAAAUGUACAUUACUGAGGAGAUCAGUGCUGAGUUCAGAGAAUCGUUGCUUGCUAGAGUUGGUUUGAAGGGCGUUGUUUACUUAAGAACGCUGCCGCCAAAGUCUUCUGAUGAUAAGGAAACUGAGUUUUCAUUCAAGGUUGAAGAUACCGCUGCUGUUAAGAGGUUUGUCAUGCAAAAUUCUCGUGUGAGUAGCCUUGGGAAUGGUCUGUUUCAUGUGAAGACAGCACCUUCAAAUGAGCCUAUACCAAUCAUUAAGUACAGUUUGCUACCACGUUUAACUCCAUUGCCUUUAAGGAUUCGGCUUGUUAAGCGUCUUAGUGGGACAUUACUUUCUGUAAUGCUGCAGUACGUUGUAAAUCCUGAUAUUCCAGUUCCAUUAACCGAUGUGACCUUUGCCCUGAAACUGCCAGUGGACCCAACAUUAUUGAAAGUUUCACCUAAAGCUGUGUUGAACCGCACUGAGAGGGAACUGAAAUGGCAUGUUGAUGAGAUUCCGCCCAAGGGUCAUCCUGGCAAGUUGAAGGCGAGGUUCCCUAUAGAUAUUAAUGACGAUGAUGAUUCGGUAGAGCUUGAGCUUGUUGGUUAUGUAAAGUUUUCAUCCCAAGGGACUAGAUCUUUGUCUGGCAUUUCACUAAAACCGGCUUUAGAGGGCAAGAAUGAUUUUUAUGAAGUUGAUCACAGGUAUUCGAGUGGAGUUUACACAUGCAACUAAGAAUCAACGAUUUCUUUUGUUGGUUUAGAAAUUUUGUGUCUUUGUGCUUUCUUAUUUUUAACAUGGUGUGAGAUGUCAAAGUAUUUGCAGCUUUCUUUGAAUGUACUAGCAUGUAAUCUAGAUUUUCUGGCUUUUGAGGAAUUCUUUUGUUUAAAUCUUCUGAGUGUUUCUCUUUAUGCAAUGGGACAGAACAUGUUGAUAUUUGAUAUAUCUUGUCUAAAUAAAGUCUUCUUGUUUUCUGGA